AUGCACGGGAACGGCACAGGUGCUGCUGCAGCGAUUCUACUAUGUGGAGUCCGUGAGGGAGUUCUCAGUGGCCGAGACCGCGAUGGGGGCGGUCUUCCUUGCCUCGAAAAUCACAGAGCGGCCGGCAAAGAUCGCGGACAUCAGGAGGGAGAGCGAUGGGGUGAAAAGGUAGGGCAGGAGAGUGGGCAGGAGAGGGCUGACGGAGCAGGGGCAAUACAGAGAGAGAGAAAGGGUUCUCGUGGCAGAGAUAAGGCUGCUGUCAUCGCUAGGAUACUGGGGCAGGCGGGGGAGAAGGGCGUUGCACAGAGGACAUGGUCGUAUAUCAACGAUGCAAUGUGCACGACGAUCCCGUGUAUCGAGCCGGCAGCAUGCAUUGCAGUGGGGUGCAUCUAUAUGGCGGCAAACGAGGCAGGGAUCAGGCUGCCGGAGGAGUGGUGGGAAGUUUUCGAUGUGGAGGAAGAGGACAUGGUGUAUGUGGCGGCGAGUCUCAAGUCGUUCUAUAUAGAAGAGAGGGAAAGGAAGGAGGAGGAGCGGGAGAGGCGGACGCCGGUUGAGGUGGAGGAGGUGGAGGGGCAGGGUAGGGAAGCACGGGGCGCUGAGUCUGUCUGGGGCGCUGCCGGGAAAGGCAAUGCCGGGGCAGGCAAAGGCAGGGCAAAGGCAAAGUGUAGUGAGCAGGAGUUGGGCUUUGUUCAAGUGCAUGCACGAGUAUUUUUAAAUUUCGGCGAUUCGCCGCAUGGUAGGGCACUUAAGGAGCGGUUUGCACGCCCGCUUCGAUGGGCGGGAAUGCUUGCCAAGACAAGUGGUGCCUUAUGGGCGGGUCAGUACCUGUUUCUGGAGGAUUCAGGAGGAAAUAGCCUUUCAUGUAGUCUGCAGAAUUUUGUUAUAUUUUCUAGGAAAACUCUUAAAUUGUUUUGCAAAACAGAGACAAGUCUUCAGUGA